AUGCCAACCAACACUCACCUCCCUUCACUGCUGCUCUCUCCUCUGUAUAUUCCCGCCACCAUCGUCAACCCACCCGCGGUGGGGGCUGACCCUCGUCUCUCCUCAUCUCCACCACCCCUCUCGCCCCACUCCCUCCCCGGUCUCAGCCGAGCGUGUGAGCUGGUGCGAGUGAGGGCGAGACACCGAGCGUGUGAGCUGGUGCGAGUGAGUGCAGGGCGAGAGGAGACGGCAGGGGGGGUGGCACAGCAGAUGCUGCGGGAUCAAGGUGUGGCGCUGGCAGCAGGGGGGACUGCAUCGCUUGUGUUUAACGGGGUGGAGCUGGAUGAACGCUCCACCCUGGAUCAGUGUGGCAUUCGAUCCGCUUCAGGGCGGGAGAGCUGGGUGCCUCGAUUUGUUUUCCCCAACGCGUGGCACAUGCAGUCUGUGCCCAGGAAACCGCCAGUCAAG